AUGCAGGCCGAUGCGGCGUUUCAUGUGGCCUCGGUCAGCAAGCAAUUCACCGGCGCGGCUUUGCUGAAGCUGGCAGAACAGGGCAAGCUGGAUUUGCAGGCACCCGUGAGCCAGUAUUUGCACGACGCGCCACCGGCCUGGGCUGCGAUGACCCUGAGCCAUCUGGCCAGCCAUACUUCAGGCAUCCCCAAUCUACCUGGCACCGGCAGAAUUAUUUGCCAUCGCCAGAGAGCUGCCCUUGCUGGCUGCACCUGGCAGCCAGUUUCACUAUGCCACCAUUAACUAUACGUUGCUGGCCAUGGUCAUCAGCAAGGUCGCAGGCAAACCCUAUGA